AGAGCGGAGCCGGGGAGCCGCGGCUGCCGGCGCCAGACGCCGCGGCGGCCGCGGGGAGAGCGCGGGCCACGGGGAGAGCGCGGGCCGCGCGAUGCCGCCCGUGGAGGACACCGGGGCCGUCAAGCGGCUGGAUUCCGGGCUGCCGCUGAUGGACAUCCCGCUCUCAGGCUCCAAGCGCGAGCCGGCGGCCGCUGAAGUAGUGGAGACGCCCGGCCCCGGCGGGUGCUGGCAGUGCCCUUCCCCGCCGUGCGGCUCGCGCGCGCAGCAGGAAGCCGAGAAGAAAGCACCCUGUCCUGGACUUGGCUUGUUUUACACAUUAUUGUCUGCGUUCCUUUUCUCAGUGGGCUCUUUAUUUGUUAAAAAAGUGCAAGACAUCCACGCUGUAGAAAUUAGUGCAUUCCGAUGUCUGUUCCAAUUGCUAAUCAUUAUCCCUUGCUUAAUAUACAGAAAAACUGGGUUUAUAGGCCCCAAAGGUCAACGAAUCUUCCUCGUUUCCAGAGGAAUCCUUGGUUCUAGUGCCAUGAUCCUUUUGUACUACGCCUACCAGUCAACGUCCCUCGCAGAUGCCACGGUUAUCUCAUUUAGCUGUCCAGUGUUUACAUCUAUAAUUGCUUGCAUAUUUCUCAAGGAAAAAUGUAGCCUUUGGGACGCUCUCUUCACCUCAUUCACAAUCACCGGAGUGAUCCUUAUUGUGAGGCCACCGUUUUUGUUUGGUUCCGAAGUCGUGGAGACGGAUAAAGACUAUUCACUUCACCUGAAGGGCGCUUUCGCAGCACUCGCGCACGCUGUGUUUGCUGCCGUGACUCUAGUUAUCCUAAGGAAAAUAGGGACAUCUGUGGACUACAUGUUGAGCAUUUGGUAUUAUGUAGUAGCUGGCCUCAUCGAGUGCAUCAUUGCCCUUUUUAUAUUAGGACAAUGGAGUCUGCCACGCUGUGGGAUGGACAGGUUAUUUCUCAUACUAAUUGGGCUGUUCGGUUUGGGAGGUCAGGUGUUUCUCGCAAAAGCCAUUCAAAUAGAAAAAGCAGGGCUGGUAGCAUUAAUGAAGACUAUGGAUGUGGUCUUUGCUUUUAUGUUUCAGAUUAUUUUCUUUCAUGAUGUGCCAUCGUGGUGGACAGUGGGUGGCUCUCUAUGCGUAGUAGCCAGUAGCAUUGGAGCGGCCAUUCGUAAGUGGUACCAGAGUUCCAAAUAAAGCGUCCUUGCUGAAAUGUGUAGUUUUUUAAAGUACACCACCACCCAGUUCAGACACACCACACACAUACACACCUGGAAAAUCUGCAUUUGCUUCAUUGAUUUAAUAAAUUUUAUAAUUAAAGUACCAUUUUUGAAUAUGGUAUGUCUUUAAUUAGUUGAGGAUAGCCAGUCACUUGGGUGUAGCAUUUUUUUUUUUUUUUUGGUCAGUUAUUUUUUGGUUUUGGUUUUCACUUAUUUUGUUGUUGUUGGGGUGGUGUUGGUCAGAGGACAGAUCAUUAGUUGAAGAAAAACUGCACAAUUUUUUAUGACUAAGUAUAAAUAUAUGUAAUUUUUCAAAGUGCAUUUUUGGUAUUGAUGGGAUAUAGGUAGCAGAUUUUAGAUUCUCUAUUAGCAGUGUAGAGUCUAAGAAACUUAUUGAUAAUAAUGCUGCUAUAUGAUUAGUGUUAUGUUGAGAAUUCAUUUGAAAUGGAAUCCCAUUUAGGAGGCCAAAGCUGAAACUUGGAGUAGGUGCCUACUUAAUGGUAUUAAUAAAACAAACGAAUUAGCCUUAUUUUCAAGGCUUUUAUAAAUGAUUGUCAUUCUUUAACCCAUAUUUGUGCCUUUUCACUUUAAUGCUGAAAUUUUAAUAUAAACUUAAAGAAAUCUUUUUAAAUCACCAAAUUUGGCUAAUAGUUUUCUGUUUUAGUGGCAUUAGCAACUGUAGCUACACUGUAUCAUUUUGUCCUCUGUUUUUUUGAAACUGCACUAAAUUCUUCUUAACUUUCUAAGAUUUCAGGUGUUUAAAAAUCAUAAGAAAGAAAUCUUGGCAUGGCCAAUGUGCACAUUUCUAUCCUGAAGUGUUUUCCCUAUACUAGAAAUAUGAUUUUCUAUAAAUUCUCUUUGAAUUUAUGGUGUGAUGCCAAAUAAAAUUUUCUCAGGGUUUUAUUAGGUUGAACCAUAAGAAAUUGAUGAGAUUUUACUUUUUAAACUUAGAAAAACCAUAGUUCCUUAUGGUUCACCCUAUUAAGAUACCUCUCUUCUAAACCAAAUACUUAGGGGACUUUGGAGUAUAUUUUUUUUAAUUACUUUUUAAAAUACAGUAAUCCUAGUAAACUUAUUUUUAUAGUCUUUUUCCCUUAUGGAAUUGUAUAUAAUGCUUCAUGUUAUAUAUUAAAUGUAAAGACCUGUGAAUCCAUGGUUGAUUGAUUUUUGUAGUUUCUUGAAUAGAAAAAAAAAAAUCACUGUUAAAUUCUAGUAUAUCAGUGUGAUAUUGUGUCAGUGCUUCACCGUGAUACUAACAUCAUGAAUUCAAACAACACAUUUUAUAUCUGGAACUUCAUUGUGCCAGUAUUCUGCAGUUAAAGAGAGAAUGUAAUAUUUAGGAAAACUUGGGAGGUUAAUCAGGAAGUAGAGAGUACAUGCAAAUGGCUCUUGGUCACAGUGAACCCUUUAUUGCUGAGGCUAUAAUGGUCUCCAGCUCUUACUGUGUCAGACCUAGCAUCCAUUAUCUUAAACCUACAGACUUGAAAGAUUAUAGGCUCUUUACCACCAUUUCAUCACAAUUCUCCCAAAGUAAGAAAGAACUUGGCUUCUGAGGUUUAUGCCUUGGUGAGAAAGGAUCUUUUCCAGUAGUUCCAAGAGGAAAUUUUUGGCUUGCUGAUCUUCCCAAGUGCUUCCCACCAGACAAAUCCUAAAUGAAGUUUAUUUAGGAGAGUCACGCUAUCAUUAUAAGUUUAGUCUAAUCUGCAGUAUUGGAGUUCAGAGUUGCAAAAGCAUCAUUUUGCAAGUAUGUUAGAGAAUUAUAGAAUUAGAGCCUUUUAGGACGUAAGGGUUAGAGAUUGUCAUAUAGGAGACAUGCUCCAUGGUUAGGGAUGCUAGGGAGACACCUGCCCAAGAUGGGUUUCUCUGGCCUUAUUUAUCCCUCCUUUAGUUUCAUGGUAAAGUAUGGAAAGUAAACCACUGCUUGAGCUAUCUAAGGUAAAUGAACUCUCAGGGAGCCCUCUCCUGGUUCUUUGCCUUGCACAAUAAAAGAACCAAUGGGACCUUGAAAGUUAAAUCCCUUUGGGCCUGUACACUAGAGACAUUUUAUUUCAACAGUGUGGUUUAAGUGCUUGAAUGUCACAAUAUAUGACCAAAGUUGGAGAAAAUGUUUCUUCUCCCAACUCUACUGAGUGUGAUUCUUAAACACUUUUAUAAUGUCCAAGGUAGAUACAAGGAUAUGUAUUGUAACAAUCAUGGGUGUAUAUAUUUUGCAAAGACUGUAGUUCCUAUAUCUUGAAAAGGAAACUAUUUUCAUAAACUGGUUUUAUUUUAUAAUUACUAAUAAAAUUAAUAUGAAAUAAAACUAUAUUUUGGUUUUUAUGAUUAUAGCGUAUGUGCUAGCUAAUAUACCUUAUUUCUUUUUUCAUCCAGGUGCUUCAAAAUGUAUUAAUUAAAGAGAUUGACCUCUAGCCAUUCACUUGUUUCAAACUGUUUAUCUUUCUCUCUGAUACUGUCAUAUCAAAUCUGAUG